AUGUGGAGACUGAAAGUUAUUAACGGGUGUAGUAAUAACGAUGAUGUCCUGCUCCCUUUAGUUCCCCAGACAUCACUGUUACUCCCAUUCUAUUCCCAAUGGCGAGAUGAGGAUGAGGAUAGACACAAGACAAGUGAACGCAUAGAAGCAGAACGUUUAGCAGAAGAAGAAAAACGUCAACGAAAUCAUAAAAAGAAUAAAAAACGAGGGAAAAAGAAAUCCAACGAGUCAACAACAUCAAUAACAACAUCAUCAACAUCUAAUCGUUAUCGUAUAGCUGUUAAGGAUUGGCUGCAGAAGAUACCACAUGUAGCCUUUGGUCGACAUACACAAUUACCAGAGGCGUGUCGAUUACGACAUGUUUGUGUGAGUCGACUUCAUUGCCGUGUGGUGUAUGUAAGUGAUGCGGCCAUUCAUAAAGUUAUUCUUUCUAUUUAUCCACCUGCUAAGCAGAGAUUCGUCAAUGGCACACAGGCAAAGACUAUGAAUAAUGGGCAUACUAGUAAUCAUUAUAAAGAUAAUAGUGAUAAUAAUAAUAGUGAUAAGAGUAAGAUCAUAGAUAUUGACAGUAGUCGUGGAAGUAGUAUGAGCAACGACAGCAACAGUAGUAGUAAAGAUAUACAUAUGAAGAAGAAUAAUAAUAAUAAUAAUAAUAAUAAUAAUAAUAAUAAUAAUAAUAAUAAUAAUAAUAAUGGAAAAGAUGAGAAUGGAAGUGAAAAGGAUCAUGAUGAUCCAAGUGUAUUUCAUGGACCACAUUACCGUCUUGUUAACUGUGGGUGUAAUCCACUUUAUGUAAAUGAUACUCCACUACCAUGGGGUGAAAGUCGUUGUUUACAUGAAAAUGAUGUGGUGGCCUUUUUGGAAAAUCCCUUUGAUGAAGAAGGGGGAGUUUUACAACCACUUCGUCCAGAGGAUAUUAAUCAUAGUAAUAAUAAUAAUAAUGAUAAUAAUAAUAAUAGUGAUAGUGAUAGUGAGAAGAGUGUAACUGUGACGCUUAGUGGAGAGAAGCGGGAAGCGUUGCCAUUCACAUCAUUCUCCUCAUCGUUGUUAUUAUCAUCCUCAACAACAGCAACAUCAACAGCACGUGUAUUGUUUAAUCAAAUGCGUAAUGAUAAUAAUAAUAAUAAUAAUAAUAAUGAUAAUAAUAAUAAUCAUCAUCAUUCUAGUAGUAGUAUUAAUGGGAAUAUGGAAAAUCCAAUCAUAGAAACAAGAAGAAUAGGAGUUGAAGAACCGAUAUCAUCUCAACAAGAAGAAGAAAAGAAUAUAUUCCCUGUAUUUGUAGAGGUAAAUGGUAAACGAAUUGCACGUUAUCGGCCUCUUUAUAUACCGCCUGUACUUCAACAACAACAACAACAACAACGGCAGCAAACAAUAAUAGAAGGAACACCGUUAAAACAAAAUAAUAUUUCUCUUCUUGUAGGGCAUAAUCGCCUUUUGGGUGAUAAAUUCAAAGAAGAAGAAGAAAAUAAUAAUAAUAAUAAUAAAUUGUAUGGGUGUAGUGAUGUCCUCACACCAUCGCCAAGAAAGCAAUCCUUCUAUUACUCACCCCAACAACAAGAAAAUAAUAAUAAUAAUAAUAAUAAUAAUAUAAAUAAUAAUAUUAAAGAAGAAGAGGAAAGUGUAGAGAAUGAUUACGUAGAUAUUGUGGGAGAUGUGGUCUCUCCACUGCAGCAGCGAUUAGUGCCAUCCCGACGUCGUAGUGUCGGUCUCUCGGCAACACCCGAUGGAAAUUAUCAUGAUAACCAUCUGUAUAUUAAUAAUAAUUAUAAUAGUAAUAAUAACGCUGAGUGUGAGGAACCGCCGUUUAAUGUCAUCUCCGCACGUCUGCCGGUGUAUGUGUUUGCAAGGCGGAGUCCAAGUCCGGUGGAGUUUACCCGCCAAGCCCACACCAUUGGCCGUUUAAAUCCACACAAAAAAGAAAAUGAAGAAGGAAAAAAUGAAGAAAGUAAAGAAGAAAAAGUGGGGAAUAAAAGGCGAGAUCGUAGUGAAGAAAUGACAGAAUGGGUUCAGGAAGAUGGAAAAGAAAUAUCAACAACAUCAACAAAGUUAACAUCUGCAGGAGGAACGGCAACUUCUAAUAAUAGUAAUAAUAAUGGACGGCGUAAACGUGGAAGACCACCGGGUAAAAAACGGCGAUUAUAA